AUGUUGUUGCGUUUUGUGUUGUGUGUGAUCACUUUGCUUGUGAGCAUUGGCUGUGCUUGUGUAACGGCGGCUGAAGGUGGUGGUGCUUCUGCUCUUGCUACCCCUUCUCAACCUGAUUCUGAUAAUUGUAUUCAAGAUUCUACUGAUGGUUCUGAAUGUCCUCCUAAACGUAUACAACCUGAAGAUCAUUCUAAAAAUUGUGAGGGUAGUACUGCAGGAGAUCAAUGCCCUAAAAGGGAAGAAGCCAUUGAAAGUAGUGCUGCUUUGGGGCGUGAAGAUGUGAGGAGCCGUUCUUCUGCGCUUGAGGCAAGGAGAGAUGGAUUGAAUAAUGGAGUUUCGCAAAACGGUGCAAAUACACUGCAGAAAGAAAAUGAAGCAGGUAAGAAUUUAGUUACUGUUGAUCGCAACAGUCAAACCCACGAAGAAGUUAAUGAGGUAAAACCACCACUACCUGCAGAGGAGACUCCCCAUAGAGGACCUAAUCAAUCAGAAGCUCAUGUACAGGUCCAAGCGCAACAAAGCGCACAAGAAGGAGUCACUGCUUCUCCUCAAACGGAAGAGAUCAGCACAGUGGUCAGCAAACCUACGAACACAAGAACAGAAGAGACUUCAAGGAAUGAUAAUACUCUUAAUACGGAAUCCUCACCUCCAACAAAUCCACAACCACAAGAAAACAGUGAAUUGCAAUCAUCUGUCAUUGCUAGUGCUGAGACUCCUGCAUCAACUUCACCGGCGGAAACUGAAAACACAAAUGCAUCUGAUAAUACAAAUGCUGGGAGUGCCAGUACACCUGCAGAGAGUGAGUCAUCAAACAACCAAGAAGGUGAUGCGGUAAAUACAGCUACAACCACCACCACCACCACAACAACAACAACAAUUCCUCCUGAACUCACAAACAACAAGAAGGGUGAUGCA